AUGCAUUCUCUGUCCCCUGUUUUCCUCAGUCUCUCACUCGGCGGCUUCGUCGGGGCAUCGCCCUUGGUUGGCCUUUUUGGUCGUGACAUAAAGGAAGAGCCCAUCUCAAUCAUAGGCAUCGGAGCCCCCUUUGAGUGCUUCGACUUGAGAAACCCUUCGGACGAAUGCAGGACGAAGCUGGCCGAAGAGAUUGGCGACAAACGUCCUUCUUUCAUCUUUGAGCGCAACUGCAAUGCCUCACAGCAAGCCCAAGUGCUCAGAUCGGGCACCGACGCAAUCACGCUGGCUGACCAGACCUCGAUGGACACGGGCCCGGAGAAGGCUAUCUUCGAGAGGGCCAUCUGGGAGUUGUACAUGGGCAUGGAACUGGACAGGAACGCCCUGAACGAGGACCAUCCCUCCGAGGAGAAAAUUACCCACAGACAGAGGGUUGAACAAAACCUUGCUCGUGCCGCUGCUUUUCGAGGCGGCUCCAAUGGCCUCAAGAUCAUCAUCAGUUGUGAUACAAACCAUGAAGUCUGCUUCAAGUACAGGAACGUCACAACCGAUGACGGCAAGCAAGAGACGAGGAAGUUGCCCGUGACUGCAGCUGGACACGCAGUAACCUUUACCGACGAACAUGACGGGGAGGAAAAGUCGUGGAUCAACCUCUGUGAAAUCUUCUUCAAAGCGGAGACCCUACAGACAAGGUACGACCAGGUCAAGAAAGCGGUAGAAGGGGGCGACUUGUCGAUGGCUGAACAGGCCUCAUGGCAGCACAACGCGGGCGAGGCACUGCUGCACGAGAUCAUGCACCUGUACGCCGUCUCAGGAGUCCAACCACAUAGUAAGCAAAUCCCCAUGCCACACAGCUCAGCAAGAAUCAAGAACCUAACCGGGCCUUUCUCUCAAGUCGUGGACGUCCCCUUCCCCCCCGGCCAGCGGACCGAUACGUCAAAAAAGGAUGACCGCCCCAAGGCCUAUGGCCCAUGGAGGGUCUAUGAGUUGGCUAAUAGAAAACGCGGCACGAAAUGGGCGACGCAGAACGCAGAUAGCUACGCCUGGCUCGCCAACAGCCUGUGGUUCUACCGCAACCUUGAUAAGAUCCCCAGACCCAUUUCGCCCACCGGCGAGAGUCCGUACGGGAUCGAGGCGCGGACCGAGCUUGUCUUUUUGCACCUGGGAGACUUUGACCAGUCGGCCGCCAGCGACGAGGUGGAGAUCAUGAAGCGCGCCGAGGAAGAGUGGGAAUCUGUCACCGAAGACCUGCCGGACCUGCCGGACGAGUGGCCCGAUGACGGGGGUGAUACCGGUGGUGAUGAUCACGGGAACGAUGAUCUCCAGUGUCACGGCGUCCAGACAAACACGUUCCUUGGGCGGGAUGACCUCAACGGCAAAAUUAGCCAGUUCUGCGCCGACGCGGCCGCGCAAAAGGUGCAGGAUCAGGAUAGCGGAGGUACCAUGCGCAAGUACAAUGAAGGCUCGCGAUAUGACGUUGAGCUUCGCAUGGAUUGGCCAUCGGGUCAAGAUAUCUCGGAGGGUAUGGAGGAAAAGUGCAAACAGAAGAUGACACUGAUCAUGGACUCCUGUGAUGGCAACGACCCUGGAAACCCUCUCAACUGGAAACACGGCGGAACCCUCAAGAUCGGCGACAUCACCUACGGUAUCCAUCCCAAGGUCGACCAAAGCUACCGCCCCGGCAGCUGCUCCUUCCACCUCCGAGAGCGGCACUCCUUCUUUGGCAUCGACGGGCCCGGGACUCGACGCAAUCACUGGUUCCACGUCGAAAAGCUCAUGAUGUUUGACAACGACAAGAAGGAGAUUGGGCGCGCUGGGUACAAGAAGGACAGUGGCGACGGCGAGUGGGUCGAGUGCGGUCACGAUAGCCCUUUUACCUGGGAGGAUAUUCGACUACCCGACACACUUCGGCUCACCGCUGAGGCGCAGGGCGGGAAUUAUAUCCAGUUCAACAUUGGUGACCGCAGUUGGAAGAGCCUUGAUAGUGAGGGCGACAAGAGGUGUGAGGUUGGUGGCUGGGAUGGCGAUUACAGCCCAGUGUACCGCCAAAUGGACUGCUUCUUCCCGUGCUAG